AUGACCGUAAACCAUAUCGCGCUCCCAGACGCUGAUGAUGAUUCGCCGCGGGCCGGCCUCCUCAGUCCCUGGCAACCGCCGCGAAGGUCACUCUCUACUGGCAGAAGCUCUCCCUUCGUUCGAAGUCGAUCGGCCGCCUGGCGAGAUGAGGCCAUCAGGAAUGCUGAACGAAUACAAAGACGAAUUGUCAAAGUAUGGAGCAAGAUGAGUGUGCUGCAGCGGGUGCUAUCCGUCAUUGGGCUUGUGAUUCUCAACGUCCUCGCCAUCCUUUUCCUGAUAUUCAAUGAACGCAUCUUUGGCCUGCUCGAGCCCCUUGCUGAACGAUGGAAACAUACAACAGGUGGUUGGACAAUACUAUGGGCCAUAACAUUCUUGACAGCUUUUCCGCCAGUCAUUGGCUAUUCGACCUGUGGAACGACUGCUGGAUUUGUGUACGGGGUAUGGGAAGGGUGGUUGAUUUUGGCGUCUGCUACGGUAGCAGGAUCAUUUUGCUCAUUCCUCCUCUCGAGAACGGUACUGCGAAAGUGGGUGGAGAGAAUGGUUGCAAACGACAAGCGCUUUGCCGCCUUCACGCUCAUCCUCAAACACGACGGCCUGAAGCUCUUGUGUAUGAUUCGCUUAUGCCCUUUGCCUUACUCUUUGUCAAAUGGAGCGAUGUCGACAUUUCCGACCGUCCACCCAGCCAUGUAUGCGUUGGCCACGGCCAUCGUAUCUCCGAAACUGCUGAUACACGUCUUUAUUGGAAGCCGUUUAGCCGUAAUUGCAAGAACAAGGGAGAAGAUGACCAUGGGCGACAGACUAGUCAAUUAUUCCGGGAUUGCAAUUGGCGCGACUGUCGGCAUCUUGACAGGAGUGUACAUUUAUCGGCAGACGAUGGCUCGGGCUAAAGAGCUGGAGGCUGAGGAAGCCAACAACAUCCGAGAUGCUGUCCGAAGAACUGGACACUUACCCCCGGAAUACGCUGACGACCCGGAAGCCCAGGUGGCUGCGAACGCUUUGGAACGAGACGACGAUGUCAUGGACUACUUUGACGAAUCUUCCCCUAAUCCGCAAACAGAGUAUCAUGAUGAACCUACCGAUGAUGAGGAUGUAUUUGGCCGGGGUGACGGAGACGAUGAAGAUAUUGUAGAUACCAUCAGCCUCCACACGCAAAAAGGAGUAGAUGAUUGA